AUGGGCUGUUGUUCUUCAAAAGAGACAGAAACGAGCAAAAAAAAUCUAGAAUCUACAACUACUGAACUCUUAAGGUCAGAAAUCGAAGAUAAAGCAGAAUUAAAAUCAACUCCUAUACUAUUUGUUAUGAAUUAUAAAAAAAAUUCUGAUAGUAUCUUUGCAAUUAUUUUAUCCUAUUUUAGCAUAUAAGUAAGAGAAGCCAAACUACGACAAAGCUUCCACCACGCAGAUAUUCAAGAGGUUUAUCAACAGUUGAUAGAAAACCUAAGAACUUUACAAAGGAAAAAGCUCAAGCAGUAAAUCCAAGCCCACAAAAUACUUUUAAGGACUCAACUAAGCAGUACAUUAAGAAAUUUUCAAAAACUCCUUUAAGACAGCAUUUCUCAACUAUCAAAAAAAAAUUUCUUGAUUUUAAUGAUAGUUUUUCCUUAGUCAACGAUAAAAGAACUGGAGUAAAAAAGAUCAUUAAAGAAGUUAAAAAGUCAGAUAUAUUUGAAGGAGUAUAUGAUAAUUUUAUUAAGGAAAUUCAAAACUUUCAAAGACUUGUAAAAUUAAUUUAGGACCACCCAAAUAUUGUCAAACUUUAUGAUAUUUAUGAAUUAGGAGACAACUUUUUUUUGGUUUAUGAAUAUCUCCCUGGACUUAGCCUUGCUGAUAAAAUACAUCAUGAAAGCAUCGGAUACUCCCUAGCGAGUACAAUAAUGCGAGACAUUUUAAGCGGUUUAAAUCAUUGCCACGGUAAUGAUAUUCCUCACUUGGGAAUCAAUUUUGGGAAAAUUAAUAUAAAUACCAAAGAAGGAAACAUUAUUAAACUCUUAAUGGGAAAAUCCAUAUUUUUUUGAGCAAAGAUUUUUUAAAAUAUUUGAUAUAUAUAAGUGAUAAUUAUUAUAAUUAAAUCUCUUGCUAAUUCUGUUAUAUUUUAAACAGUUCGCAUUCUAAAACAUAAAUUAUACAUAUAAAUUAAUUUUUACUUUUAAAUCUUUAUGAAUCGGGAUUCUUUAAAUUAAAAAAAAAAUUACUAUAAAAUUUUACCCCUUCCUUGAGCAAUAUUUUUACUCGCUAGAAUAGGUGAGUUAGGCUUUACUUAUCCUUGAGAAAUAAAAAAAAAAGUGGAAGCUAAUAAGGCAGUAAGCUUUAUUUAGACAUGCUAUAUGGGUCCUGAAAUCCUAAAUAAAAAUUAUAGUCUGUUUGCCAGUGAUAUUUGGAGUUUAGGAGUUAUUUUAUACACUAUUGUCCAAGGAAAACUUCCGUAUAAAGGGAAAAAUGUGGCGGACCUAAAAAACGAAUAUAAGAAAGAAAUUGUCUUUGAAGGGAAUGACUGAGCUUUUACCUCAGAUGAACUCAAAGAUUUGCUUAAUCCCUCUACAGUUGAGAAAGAAAAAUUUUUCACCCAGAAAUGGCAUAUCGACCAAGAGCUGCCUAUUAUUUAGUUAAUUUUUCUCCCAAGGUGAAUUUUUGGGUCAGCCCCUAGGAUCGGAUGGCUAGCGAGAUGGGCCGGCGUCAAGGCUUGUAGGAUGAAGACCGAGCAGUCUAGGCUGCUUAAGUGCCUGCAUGAUUUAAGGCCAGCAUAGAGAUGGAUUGUGAGGCAAGAUAGAAAAUUUGCAGCUCAUCGCACUCCAAUUGAGAAGAUGCAAAUUUACUGGACGUAAUCGCAUUGAAGACGGGCGCUUUAGCUAAGACAACGGGUUUGAAAGUAAUCGUGCUUACUCACAGAGAGGUGAGUUAGUAAAAUGCUUGAAUACGAUUAUAAGAAAAGGAUUACAGCCGCAGAUGCAUUGAAUCAUCCAUGGAUCAAAAAUAAUAAACCUCCAUCUUUAACCCCAAAAGAUUAA